ACACUAUAAUUAUCAAUGUUUUUUUCUUCCAAGUCCAACACACAAGCAUUUGAAAAAUGGCAAUGCAGCUUGAUAGUUGCUUUGGGUCAUUUUUUCUCUGCAUUUUCUUCUUUGUUUGCUUUCUGAGUUUUCCAGCCGAAGCUGCUGUGAGGAAGUAUCAGUUUGAUAUUCGAGUCAAGAAUGUGAGCCGGCUUUGCCAUGCGAAACCGAUUGUCACGGUGAACGAAAGGUUCCCGGGACCGACCAUUUAUGCUCGAGAAGGCGACCGAGUUCUCGUCAAUGUUAAAAACUAUGCACAAUAUAACAUUUCCAUUCAUUGGCAUGGCUUAAAGCAGUUUCGCAAUGGUUGGGCCGACGGACCUGCAUACAUAACACAAUGCCCUAUCAAGACAGGACAUAGCUACAUCUAUGACUUUACUGUCACGGGACAACGAGGAACAUUGUGGUGGCAUGCGCAUAUUUUGUGGCUACGAGCUACGGUUUACGGCGCCAUUGUCAUUAUGCCGAAAGAAGGAACAAUGUUUCCAUUCCCUCAACCAAAUAGAGAAACUAAGAUAAUCCUAGGGGAAUGGUGGAAUUCGGACGUUGAAACACUCGUUAAUGGAGCCAAUAAGUUGGGGUUGCCACCACCAACAUCUGACGCUCAUACGAUUAAUGGGAAAGCAGGGCCGCUCUUCCCAUGUUCUUCGAAACAUACGUUUUCAAUGGAGGUUGACGCAGGAAAAACUUAUCUGCUGCGGAUUAUCAAUGCUGCACUCAAUGAUGAACUGUUUUUCUCAAUCGCCGGUCAUAACAUGACUGUUGUAGAGAUUGAUGCAGUCUACACCAAGCCCUUCACAACCAGAGUUAUCUUGAUCGCUCCGGGUCAAACGACCAAUGUUCUAAUCAAAGCCGAUCAGCCUCCAAGUCGAUACUUCAUGGCAGCCAGGCCUUUCAUGGAUGCACCGGUUCCUGUUGAUAACAAAACUGUUACAGGCAUCCUACAUUACAAAGGCAUCCCAAACACAGUCCUCCCAUCCAUGCCCAAAUUACCUGCGCCAAACAACACCAAUGUCGCCUCGAGCUAUAACAAUAGACUUAAAAGCCUAAACACCCCACAAUUUCCUGCAAACGUCCCACUUAAAGUCGACCGCCAUCUAUUUUACACAAUUGGUCUGGGGGCAAACCCAUGUUCAACUUGUCAAAAUGGUACACAACUCACAGCUUCAUUGAACAACAUUACCUUUGUGAUGCCAAAUGUUGGUCUUCUGAAGGCUCAUUAUUUCAACAUCAAAGGAUUAUUCAAAACUGACUUCCCUGACCGACCUACGGUUCCUUUUAACUACACUGGUGCACCACUUACAGCGAAUCUCGGCACUUCAUUAGGAACAAGGCUCAGUAAGGUGGUUUUCAAUUCCACAAUUGAGGUGGUAUUACAGGACACAAACCUCCUCACAGUAGAGUCACAUCCAUUCCAUCUUCAUGGUUUCAAUUUUUUCGUUGUCGGAAGUGGCGUGGGGAACUUCGAUUCUUCCAAAGACCCUGCGAAGUUCAACCUCGUAGAUCCUCCUGAGAGAAAUACAGUUGGAGUGCCAACUGGAGGAUGGACAGCUAUUAGAUUCCGAGCUGAUAAUCCAGGUGUUUGGUUUAUGCAUUGUCACCUAGAGCUGCAUACAAUGUGGGGUCUAAAGAUGGCCUUUGUUGUUGAGAAUGGGAAAUCACCCGAAGAGUCUAUCAUACCACCACCAAAGGACCUUCCACCUUGCUAGAACAUUUCGAAAAAUGAUUACCGAUUCUUUCAUGAUAAAGGAACAAAGAAUUGUUCCUGCAGCUUAUGUAUUUAUUUCAUCUUUGUUCUCUUGUAAACUGCUCCCCUUCUGCAGUUCCUGGCUAUUCUUUCGAGAUCGGAACAUCCUGACAUCAAAAUGCUUUAUUUGAGAUUGU